CUUUUCGAAUUACUCGACAGAUAUGACAUUUUGGCGCCGUGGCACGAAACGUCAAUUAAAAUGAACUGGUUGGGCGGUAAGUAUCCGGUAUCGUUAUUAAAUUAUAGAAUACGGGCGUUACUGCAGUUGCACACUGCACAGUACACCACGAUACAUAAUUUUGUAUCUGUAUCAUUCAUUCCUGAGUUCACGUAUAUAGUCUAGUUUAUUUCUAAAUAAACCUUGGACCUCGGAUGCCUUAAACCAACAGCCAAAAAUAUUCGACAUCAAAUAAAUCCAUCUACACAGCAGAUAGGUACGCGUACCUAGACCUCAUAUUGUACACGUACUAAUUUUCAGCAAGUAUAUAGGUACUUAAGAUACUACAUACUAUUCGAUCAAUAGAACAAAAUGUAUGCACAUAGAAGUACAGUUACAGCCAAGUUAUAUAAUACCUGCAUUAUGAAUGCAGAUUUAUGCACAUUUUAUUACACAUGUGCACAGUACAGGGUCAACAUUCCAGGUACAUUAUGCAUUUUCAUUCGUGUACUGGUGCACUCGCAAUAUGUACCAUAGUUCGACGUAAAACCCAGCAAGCCGGCAAUUUGCCGCCUGCCGAUAGUUUUUCUGGUUACCAUAGAAAUUGUACAUAUGACCAAGUACUUCUACAUAUAAAUGUACGAAUACUUCGUCUUCGUCCUACGCCAAGUAACGAGUUCAUUUCCAGAGUAUUCGACCAGUAGUUCAUUCGCUUCUUCUCUCCUCAUACUAUUAUGUAGCUUUCUCCCGCUGUUUUUCGCUCAAUUUUCAUUAUUAGAUAUACUAUAAGGUGUUUAUUUUACAAGUCAUUAUUUCUACGUCGACGAUUCGAGAAAAUAAAAAUGUCUUCUCGGAACAAAUCAACGCAAUACAGUCUUCAAACGAAAGCUCUUAUUCAAGAUACAAUGAAAUCGAUCAAAUUACCAACUAGAAAACGUAAAGUAAUCGAAAAAUUCUUGCAAAAUGGAAAAUCGAUGCCAAUAUUCAGGGAAUCGACUGCACCUAACUCCGCAUUCGGCACAGUCUUAUGCCAACGCCAAUGCAAAUCGUCUAGAACAAAAAAACGAACCAAGUCUGCGAUGAUAGAACUAGGUGCUUACGAUAUCGAGCAAUUUCAACCAAAUGAAAACGUCGUCGAUCGAGAUGAAGAAAAAAGAAAACUGCAAGAUAUUUUCUCCGGUAUCGAGGGUAUUGACGAAAAUACUGCUGAUAAUGAAACCGAUAACGAGACGUCGAAAAAUACGAGAUCGAUUACGUUUUCUAAAAACGAACGAAUUAAAGAACUUAUGGAACAAGUACAAGAACGGAUAGAAUUCUUGCAAAUUAUGCGUCAACUUGGCUGUGCACGUAAAUACGAGUUCGACAUGACGUUGGAAAUUUCGCAAAAACUGGCUCGUUUACGCAGCUUAUCUGAACAAUAAACUUCUAAGAGCUGAUUCAUUUACGGAAUACUCGAAUAAUUCUCCAAAAUGAACAACAAAGCGAGAAUAAUUGCGGAUUAAAAAUCGUAUCAAAAGGCGAAAAGAAAGCUUCCACCAUCAAAAAUUCGAAUUCUCAGACGACCUACUCACAACAAGUCACUUCAACGUUUCCCAUUCAAAAUCAGCGAACAGCAAACGACCAAAAAGAAUUAUUAUAAUCUUCUUUGAAAUAAAACAAAACAUGGAUUUUCGCGAAAAUAAACGAUUAGUUUACG